GGCACCGGCUGACAAACACGACCGAACCAGUGCCGCAGCUUCUCUAUUCGCCGUAACACGUCUCACUUUUGCCUAUGCGAAGAUAGGUUUACUUUUACCAUUGCCGUCAACAGAGCAGACGCUAGCCGCAGCGGCAGCACAAGACCCAGCGAAUCGUGUCCGUAGUGGUAGUAAGAGCAGUCGUUUGGCGUUGACGACCGAUUACGAUGGUAGAAAAGGCCGAAAUAAAGCUGAGAGAAGGAGAAACACCGCUCGCUCGAAUUGAAAGCAGCCUUUAGAGCGGCAGUGCACAAAGCACAGGGCUUCGUGUAGUAAAUCGCUCCGUUCAGAGCAUACGUUAGUUGACUCUUGACGCUUGGUCCACUUACUCAGUUCAGCUCAUCGAUACCAAUACCUGCCGCAUAAGUUAGCAUCAGCAACGAAAUGGCCACAAUCCGUCCCUACAGUCCAUUCGAUCCUCAGGAAGAUGCGAAGGCUUUACGCAAGGCGAUGAAAGGCUUCGGGACAGAUGAGGCAGCCAUCAUCUCGAUCCUCUGUGCCCGCACUUCAGCUCAACGACAAGAGCUUAUUCCGACAUAUAAGCAAAUGCACGGACGGGACCUAAUCAAGGAUUUAAAGAGUGAGCUCUCUGGGAACUUCGAAAAUGUCAUCAUCGGACUCAUGACACCUCUAAACGAAUAUCUCGCUCAGGAGAUCAAAAGGGCGAUUAAGGGUAUUGGCACGGAGGAAAAUGUCCUGAUCGAAAUAUUGUGUACGCGCAGUAACGCUGAAAUCGCUGCCAUUAAGGACGCCUACCAAAAAUUAUAUGGAAAUUCCAUGGAAGAUGAGGUCGCCGAUGACCUCUCUGGUGAUCUAAAACGCGUGAUGGUUGCAUUAAUGACCGCACGCCGUCCAGAACGUACUGGAGUCGAUCCUGGCCGUGCUCAAAGGGACGCUAACGAACUUAAAAGCGCCGGUGUGGAUCAAUGGGGCACCGACGAAGGAGCCUUUAUUAGUGUUUUCUGCAGCAAUAGCUACGAACAGCUGCGUGCUAUUUUCCAUGAAUACCGAGCCCUUGCUGGACACGAUAUCAUGGAUGCCAUCAAUAACGAGAUGAGCGGAGACCUCAAAGAUGCGCUUCUCGCCAUUGUUAAAAGUGUAUUCAACACUCCUCUGUAUUUCGCCGAACUCCUUCAGAAAGCUAUGAAGGGUAUGGGAACCGAUGACAAAACUCUGGUCCGUAUUCUGGUAUCCCGUAGCGAAAUUGAUCUCGCUUAUAUCCGUCAGGAAUACCAGAAGGUCUAUGGAAAACCUCUUGAAACUGCCAUCAAGGAGGAGACUUCAGGAGACUAUCAGACCGCCCUUCAGGUUAUCGUCCGUCAAAAUUAAACCCAAAGUGAUACUGACGCACCAACAGCCCUUUUCGCCGAAUAAUCCUAAUUAGGAAACAGCUCGUCGACAAGCUUGUCCUAUUAUAAUUCUACAGUUGCUCUACUGCAAACUCUAGUUUCGUUUUAUCUUUUGAAUCAGAUAUUAACAGAAGAUUUUCCCCGCUCACUACUAAUUUCAUUAUUUUUCUACUGUCGCCCACUAGGCCCCAUUGUUCUCAAGCCCGCAGAUCAAUAGCCGACACGAUAUUCUGUACUUCUAGCUCAGUCGAGCACAAUAGUUCCGCAACUGAAGGGUCAUGACGAAAGUAUGAGAAUGAAUAUCCCGGAUCUAUAAACUUGUGCUUGUCGACCAUGGGAGGCUUAGUUAUAGUAACAUGAUGUUGAAAAAUUAUGAAGUACAAUGUUGCUAUAUAGUUUUGAAACUGAUUAAAUUUAAUAACAGGACUAAAUGCAGAUUAAGUAUAAAGAAUGGUGUUAAUAGAAAUGAGGAUCGCUUUGAUGGGAUCGCUGCUUGAGCACACAAAAUACAAACUAAAUAGAACAAGUGUUUAUGUAUUUGUUAUAAACGAAAUAUAUGGGCAACGUGAUGGAUGCUUCACAGCACAGACGUGUCUGGCCAUUUUGUCGUCUUAAUCUGCACAUGUGCUUGCUUAAAACAUAUAGUUAAAACACAGAACCCAUUCAGACAUCCAUUCUAAAGCGACCGUUGUACAUCUAACACGGUGUCCAACAUAUAACAAUAGUUGCAACAUGGAGCAGCCCCUAAAGUCUUUAUACAUGUCAUGAACAAUGUUAGGUAAAUGCAUAGCUUUAUUCGUAGCAGUUUAAUUGACAGUGUACAACAAAUUGCAUGUUAAAAUCGUGUAAGAUGCUGAUGUUCUACUUUACAUGGCACAUGUCUAUAAACGACGAUCGCCGACCGCCGCGCGUUCACAUUUAGGAAAAAUACGUCGAAAAAUCCAUCGAAUUCAAUAUAAUAGAAAUCUAGAUGAUUGAAUUCAUACAGGUUUAAAUAUACCUCUUUUUUUAUACGUGUCGGCUCUAGAUAGUUCAGCGUCUAUCUAUCUCGUGUUUGGCUACGUUUCUGCUGAACAGCUCAGCCACUUCGAAACGUCGCCAUCCAGCUACUGAACCAUGCUGUACAAACGUUUCACAUGUGACCUAACAAUUUAUUUAAGCCAGAUAUCGCUUCGUAUACAAUGCCUUACAAUUUACUGAAACAGACCUUAAUACUUUAACAUUAUUAUAUUACUUUAACAUAUUGCUAACAGAUCAGUCUUCAAAGCCGUAAAAGCUAAUAUUUUUAUAAUUUAGUGACCGAAAUUAUUCUCAAGAAGAGUAUAUUGGAAAUUCGCGUUAUUGAUCAUAAAAAAAAAAAAAGAAAAAAAACGAAAUCAGAGGACAGGUUACUCGCGCCAAUCAACAUGACACAUAGAAUCUGAAAGGUGGUACAAAACUCAGCAGCUGUCUACAAUUCAUUCUUUGUAAAACGUGCGUACCUAUAGAGGCUGAAUUUGUUUUUUUAACACUUUCAUUUUACGCUACUGCCCGUUAUGCUCGGAGUAGGCCAGAUCGUUACUGUUGACAUAAGUGUUUAUUUAACCAAUUUAGUCCUCAAUAAACCAUAAACGUAUGUAACUAA